CUUACAUAAAUCCUUAACAGCUCCAUUAGGAAAAAGAAAGGAAGAAGACAAUGCCGUCUCGAAGGCACUGUCAUGUCCGCUAGCCAUUGAGCUCUGUCCCGUUCACGUUCAUACACUCUGGAUGCUGCGAAAACCUUCAGUAGCAGAAAUGGAGGAAGCGAAGGCUAUAGCUCAGCAGCAUCUCUUGCAACAGAUCCAACGACAGAAACAGCAGCAAGAAGCCAUGGCUCGCUUCCCUUCCAACAUCGACGCGCAUCUUCGUCCCCAAUCCUUCCUCCACCGCCAACAAUCCCAGUCUCAGAUUCAGCCUCCUAAUCCCAAUCAACAAAACCCUAACCCUAGCUCCGCUCUUCAGAUCCCUAUUCAGCAAAAUCCCAACGCUAGUCCUUCGCAACAACAACAACAGCAGCAGCAGCCGAAGGUUAACCGUCCGGCUCAGGCUUCGACUCCUGCUGAGCUGCAGAUGGCUUACCAGGACGCUUGGCGAGUCUGUCACCCCGACUUCAAGCGCCCUUUCUCUUCCAUAGAAGAUGCCUGCGAAAGGCUUCUUCCCUAUCAUGUUGUUGCCGACUAUGAAGCAGAGGAAGACGACAAAAUCCUUGAUUCAGACACGACAGGCCAAAUUUUUUCUCGCUCCCAGCAAUGGGACCACAACAUUUCUGCAAAAGUCGCCGAGUUUACCGCCACAUUUGAGAAACAAGUGCUUGCAUUCAACAUCAUUUCGCGAAAACGAGAACAAGGGGAAUUCCGAACGGAGGAGAAGCUGCAGAUCGAGCAGAUGCUAGCUCAAGAGGAGAGAAGGGCUUACAUGGAGUUGAGGGCAGAGAUGGAGGCUAGGAACAAAGCAGGGCGAGAGAGCCAUGAUGCCAAUAUGCAAAUGGCAGCCAUGGUUCAAGCCGAGCAGGCUCGGGCUGAAUCACAAGCACGCGCGGAGAUGAUGAUGAUGUCACGGGCCCCCAUUCGAGCAAGUGCACUUGCUGGGCCUCAGGGAGGUAAUAUUGUGAUGGGCCAUGACGGCGGCGAGGAAGUCAAAGAUGAUGAGAUGAUGAAUGGAUGGGGUAACAACACACAGAAAGAUGACAAGGAGCCGUCGGAUGAUUUUCUGAAUGAUGAGGAGACCGAUAAUGGAGAUGGCAUUCAAAGCGACUGGCGCGGAGGGGGAGAGUUGGAUCUCAAUACAAGAUGAUGAAUAAUAUUAAGGGAAGUUAAGAAAAAUGUUGUGACUUUUCUGCCGGGACUUGUUGUAUUGUACAGAAGCUGUACCUUAAAUUCAUUGUAUUGUACUAGGUCAGAAGAAGUUACUUCGGACGGAGUAUAAACGGAAACCGGCCAGAAGCUGUUCUUACACACUAAUUGAUUCGAAACAACUCUUCGGAAUAUUGGA